UAUAAGUUCAGAAUUUGAAGCUCCUUGAAGAAAGUUCGGAACCGAAAAUUCGGAAGGAAUUUGCCGAAACACGUCUCAACGCACGCCAACUGUUCGACAAAAGUCCUCUGUGACGACGAGCACAUGCAGAGGAGGCGAAUCGCUGCGUAUCUCCACCUAGAAAAAUUGUGCACCCGUCUGAUCCAUCUCCGCUUCUUCUGCGAUCCUCCAUAUGCCGACGUACCCAAGCCCGGGCGGGACAAAUCGGAGAGGAAGCCGUAUGUUACUCCCGUAACAGAGUUGAUUCGCCGGGCUAGGAAAGAGCGAGAAGCCAGAAAGGCACAUCCCGUGAGAAUGCUCGAGGACCCACCUCACAACGGCUUGUUAGUCCCUGAACUCGUUCACGUCGCUCACCGGGUUUAUCUAGCUCGAGAGUCCCUCCUCUCUGGCCUUGCCAAGCUUCUCGCCUCCAUUCCCCUUCUCAGCUGCAAGUUCUGCCCCGAGGUUCACGUCGGCCGUGUUGGUCACGGGAUACGGACCUGCAAUGGCCCGAAAAGUAGCAUGCGAAGCGCUACGCACGUAUGGAGGAAGGGAGGAGUCCACAAUGUGGUCUUCUUCCCCAAGUGUUUCCAUCUGCAUGACCGCGUUGGUAAUGCCAGAGUUACUCACAAGGAGAAGCAUCACGUUCCACGGAUCCCCGCCAUUUUGGAGCUCUGCAUCCAGGCUGGAGUCGACCUUGAUAAGUAUCCCACUAAGAGAAGGACCAAGCCUGUUUAUUCUGUGGAAGGCAGGAUUGUUGAUUUCGAGGAAGGAAUGAUGGAAGGUGAUGAUGAGCAAAUGAUGACGACGGAGAAAAGAACCACUGUUGUUCGUUCUGAUUGUUGUUCUGUGCACGAUUUAGACUUGAAGCAAACAAGCACUGCGACGGUGGAAUCAUGGUUCCAGAUGUUAGCGGGAGUAAAAGAGUUGAUGGGUAAGUACAGUGCGUGGACGUGUGGUUUUUGCCCUGAGGUUCAGGUUGGUCCAAAGGGACACAAGGUGAGGAAUUGCAAGGCGACAAAGCACCAGGCUCGUGAUGGGCAGCAUGCAUGGCAGGAAGCAAGGAUCGAGGAUUUGAUUGGUCCCAAUUAUGUAUGGCAUGUGGGUAACUUGGAUGGGCCGCCAUUGGAGAAUAGCUUGAAGAGGUAUUAUGGGAAGGCUCCUGCGGUAGUGGAACUGUGUGUACAUGGUGGUGCGGCUAUUCCGGAUGAGUAUCAGAGUAUGAUGAGGGUGGAUGUGGUUCCUCCUGGCCGGGAUGAAGUUGAUAUUGUUGCUUGAUCUUGAUUGAUGUGUUUUAGAAUUUGGAAUUGGAAAUGAAAUUUAGCGAAAAAUGUGUUUGGAAAUUUGUAGUGAAUAAGGUUGUCAACCCGUGGGUCGAUCCACUGGUUGGUCAUUUUGAUCUUAACUUGGUGAGAAAAAUGGGACAUACACACCCAUCGAGUCGACUCGCAGCAAGGUUAUCGGGUUAGAGGUCACAUGGUGUCGUCUUUCCUUUGGUUUGUCAAAAUGCUUCUGUUUUUUUAGUUUUCCUUUUCGCCUAACCUUAUUUUUGUUUUGAAAUUCUAAGUUGAUCUUUUGAAUAUAUAUGUUAUAUAAGUGUGUGCAUAUAUAUGUUAUAUAAAGUGUGUGCUAAUUCAGUAAAUGUUGAAUCCAAGUAUGGCAUUUUAUU